AUGGAUGAUUCUCAACAAAUCUACGGCAUACAGGAGCUAUACCGUCCAGCUGAUGAGGCAGCCGAAAUUGAUAUCGUUGCUGUGCAUGGACUGAAUGGUCAUGUGACGGAGACAUGGACAUCCAAGCCACAAGGUACAUGCUGGUUGAGCGAUCCGGCCUAUUUGCCGAAAUAUCUUCCUCGUGCCCGUGUCCUGGCCUGGGGUUAUAAUGCGAGUAUCUCGUCCUGGAACGGAAAGAGGCCGAGCUCAGAUAGAGUGUUACAACACGCACAGACAUUGGUUUCUCAGCUGGAGUCUGAUAGAGAUCUCGAAGAUGCGACGCAAAGACCCAUUAUCUUUAUAUGCCAUUCCCUCGGAGGUAUUAUAGUCAAAAGGGCCUUGGCUUACGCAGAGAGUCGACACAGACUCACUCAUAUCCAUUCAAUUUACACCUGUACAUUUGCUAUACUUUUCUUCGGCACACCACAUCAUGGAUCAAACAAAGCCAAUCUCCUUGGUAGUCUGCAGAAAAUGGCAUGCCUUACUAUCCCAAAGACCAUGGCGGAAUUUGAAACGGGGUUGGUCAACGCACUCGAAAAAGAAUCUGAGGUACUUCAGAAUAUCACCGAUCAAUUCGCUCCUCUGAUGCCAAAUUUCCGUGUCUUUUUCUUUUGGGAGCAGGAAAAGACCGAUCUCAAAUACAAAAGAGAUUAUAUCGUGGAUGAAACGAGUGCAGCACCCAUUCUCGACAACACGGAAAGAUGCGGCAUAAGUGCAGAUCAUCAAAGGAUGUGCAAGUUCCAAAGCCCCAAUGAUCAAGGGUAUAGGACUGCCGUGGCAGCUCUACGUCGCUAUGCUCGAGAAGCACCCAAGGUGAUUCAGAGAAGGUACCAACGGGCUGCAAAUCUGCACCGAGACGAGAAUUUUCUUGCUGCCGCAGAGCUAUUAGGGACAGCUCAAACAAGCGUCUCGGGCCCCUACCAACCAGUUUCUCAUUAUCUCGAGAACGCGAAUUUUGUCUUCCGGGCAAAAAGCUCCGAUUCACAUCCCACCCCUGAGGCCCACUUGAACCAAGAGAAUCUAUCUAUUUAG